CAUUUGGCAGCGCGGACUUACACAUCUCUCCUUCUGUUCCUCCCACGCCCCCAACCUUCGUCCAUUGUGGAUUUUCGGCUGAAUGGCACUUUUAGCGGCACACCUGAAGUGCUGAUUGGAAUGCCAGUAGCCUUUGACAGCAACAAGACUGCUAAGCUCCUGAAAACAUCUGGAGGAUCCCUACAAUAUGUGUCAUGGCUCACCAAUACAAUAAAGUGUUGAAACAGAAUGCCUUUCAUACACCACACAAGCACACAGCACUUUGCUGUCCAGGCAUCUCAAUUGCCGUGUUCAUCCUACAAGUCCAAGUGGGCAGGUCUGGUGGCAACAGUGUAGGAGUUGCUCCUCAGAGAGUUUAUAUAGAGCUGACCAGCGGGCAGCCCCCACUACCCACUCUUGUUACAUCUCUUUUACAUCUUGGCAUAGGCAUAGGCCCUGUCAGGGGAGAGAUCACGGAAAGCCAAAGUGUCUGUGUUUGUUGUUCUGGGGAAGAAGGACGAAACUGUUAGGUUGCUGUGACUGGGUACCACGUGCAGAGAUGGGU